AUGAGUGAGCCACCAUUUACUCCUAUUAUUAAGGAAGGCUGGCUACUUAAAGAAGGCCAUAUCAUUAAAUCCUGGAAACGUCGCUGGUUUGUUUUAGGAAAAGGUAUAGUAAAAUAUUUCGAGAAAAAAUAUAAAGGAGAAAAAGGCUCUUUUCAAAUUACUGGCGAUACAGUUAUAUCCACAGGUCGUGGGCCAAAAGGGGAGCCUGCAUUGUACAUUAAAAAUCCCGAAAAAGCGUUUUAUAUUGUAUGUGAGCAGGAAGUUGAAGUGGUUUGUUGGAUAAAUGCUUUUAAUCGCGUUAUAGAGGCAUGCAAAAAUAACACUCUCGAUCAGCUUGGAUCCCCUAAUGAAAUUGUUAAUCAGUUUACGAACGCAGUUUUCAAGAAGGAAAUGCUCGUACCAGAAUAUAAGGAAGGAGCUCUUGAGGGAAUGUUCAAUCCAAUUCCGCACUGUCCAAUCACACAACAACAGAUAUUCCAGCUUCCGAACAAAUUAAACCAAGCUUUCCGUCUCUAUGUCGACUUAGACUACUCCUGCACGCAAAUAAUAUCAAAAUCAACAAACUUUAUGCGAUCAGUUUGCUCCAGCAAUACUGGUUUACCCGAAAAAGAUUAUGAAUUUUCAUAUGACAAAUUUUAUCAGCUCAGCCAACACAUCUCGGAACUUAUUGAAAACAUACACGCAUCUGACUUCACCGAAUUGAAAAACCCAGAUGUAAGUGCAUUAAUCAAAGAUUUCGGAAUUGCAGACUUCAUUGAGAAGAUGAACUGUGAUCAGAUGGAAUUUGAGACACCAUUAAAUCAAUGGAUUUACUCCGCCGAUAAAAUGCACUCAAUGUAUGAUGAUCUCAGGUACCAAACAGAUCCAGCUGACGGUGUUAUUUUGCUCAAUAACCAGAUGGAGUCAUUUUUGGAGCAGAUAGAUUCGUUGGCUCCAGAUACAGUUACUCCAACCUUCGAUAUCGGCUCUUAUUUAUUGGAGAAGUUCCCAGCUAGAAUAUUCAAAGAUCAUAUACAGAGCAAGACAACUUACGCGAAAGUACUUUCGAUUUUCAAAUCCUUUAAUUUGCUACAGAAAGAGCUCGAUGAAGCUGCAAAGCGCUCAGACAAGAACGAAGACGCAAACAAAUACUUUGUUUCACGUCAUGGAAUCAUGAAUAAGUUCAAUUCGCAACUCAUUAAACAUCUUGCGAAAUUUACGUUCAAUUGUAAACCUUCCGACAGUGAUAGAGAUGCACUUAUCAAGGACUUUGACGAAGUUGAAAAGUCAUCUGUUACAGAUGUUUCUUAUUUGCAGGAAUAUUUCCAAUAG